UUUCGAAAGAGACAUUGAUACUCUUAGGGUUUCAGUUCUCACUGACCCAUAAGGAAUAAAUUGAAAUAUAAUUGUGGUCUAUUGGAUAUCGUUAUUAGCAUAAGUAGUAGAAAAGUUCGCGUAAACGUCGUGUUGUCGAGUCCUUUCACACUUAUUUUUACUGAAGCGCUUCUUAAAUUUUAGGGCAGGAUUUCAGUUACUUCAGGUUUAAGGGAUUACUGUUGAGAGUAUACAAACUCAACAAUGUCGACAAAGGACCUAUCAAAGAUGACGGUUGUUCAGCUCCGUGAGCAUCUACGAUCGCGCGGUCUCCCAACAGAUGGUACGAAGGUUGGGUUAAUCGAACGUCUCAAAGGAAGUUAUGCUGCUGAAGAUACGAUACUGAAUUCGGAUGUCAGUGCUUCAAAGGACAGCCUAGAGGAAACGGUGCUGGAAGGUGCAAUAAAUGAAGACGACAUUUUGGGACCAGAUACUUCAGUGAAAAAGAAGGAAGAUUCAACUACAGCGAUACCAUCAGCAUCAGUAAUGACAUCAUCACUAUAUGUAGCUGGGGCGUCCAGAAAUAAUCAACUAGCUGAAAUGAACAAGAAAACAGAAGCAAUGAUUAACUCAUUGGAUGCCAAGCUGAAACGAGCUCAACGUUUCGGUUUGCCGUUGUGCGAUGAACAAAUGAAACAGAAACGCGCUGAACGAUUCGGCAUGCAGUUGAGUGCAGAUGCAAGCAUCGGUGAAAUCCUAACAGAGAAAAAGAAAAAGAGAGCAGAGAGAUUUGGCAUUGUCAGCGAGACUGAAAAAAUGCAGGAAAUUUUAGAUAGACGAGCUAAAAGAUUUGGCAUUGAUAAUGAAAGCAAUGCGGUCAUUACUGGUAAAGUUGAGAAAGCCUCAUUGGAGGUAUUAGAAAGGCGUGGGAAACGUUUCGGUUUAUGCUCUGAAGAAGCAGAGUUGGAAAUAAAAAAGCAGAAACGCGCAGAACGAUUUGGAUUGAAUAAGAAUUGAUUAUCUAUUUAAUCCACGAGUGACAAUAAAUUCUUUUUCUCUUCAUGUGUUUGUAGUAUCUGUUGCAGAAUGUCAUUUAUAUAUAUAUCAUUCAUUGCAGCCUCCUAUUUACUGUGUCAUUUUUAACCAUUUUGAAAAAAACUGUUAAAAAAUGUUUGAUCGUGCUGCGAAUAACUUUAGGGAUUAAUGAUAAGAAUCUAACAACUCUGAAACGGCAGUUCAUGAUAUUUAUGUGCUGAUGAAAAAUCUCGCUAGUCACGAUUAAGAGGUUAUCUUAAUCACAGCCCUUUCAUUUGUCGUAUUUUGUUGUUUUGUUAACGAUACUUCAUACAACAAUUGCCAUGUUUUUAUAUUUCUCCGUUGAAAAGUAACGAUUAAUAAAUUUAUUAAUGAGAUGAGCUUUAUAUUAUGCUAGUAGAAUAGGAUUAUUUGCCGCCGCAUAUUUCAGUUUAAAUCCAAAUAAAUUUUAAGCAAACUGUG